UGUGAAAUUAAAAUUUUCCCUUUAAAUUUUGGGAGGGAAGAGAGAGAGAGAGCUUCUUGGGGAAGGAAAUGGCGAACAACAGUAAUCUGUCGAGCUUGGUUCACGAACUCCGUGAACGAGUCGCCGCAUCGUCCUCCACUUCUGCCAACAGCCUCCGUGACUCCUCUUCUGACGACGAUGCUCUUGAGCUCCGUUUUCGUGCUGUCAUCCCUAAUCUCCUGAAUACCUAUGUCGUCCCUUCUCUCGGCAACGGGAGAGAAGUUACAGCUGUCCUUAAGCUUGUCAGUAAUACCGCAAAGAACUUUCCUGGGGUCUUCCAUCACGGAAACCCUGCUGCUAUUUUUCCUGUAAUUGGUCGGAUUCUGCCCUUCUUUGCUGAACCAGCAUUUGUUCCUGGACAUGGGGUGAUUCUUGAAACAGUUGGUUCUCUCUUAAUGUUGCUACGUUCCAACUCAAGGAAGGCAUACCGUAUGUUUUUCCAUGAUGCUUUGCAGGUCAUUGAAGAAUUGCAACAUAUCGCAUCACUUUAUUCCAAUGACCCAGGACAAUGCAAUCUUCAUCUUCCAUUUAGGUGUUUCCGUAUGCCUUUUUCUGGAAUUUGGGUUGAAUCAUGUCGUCUCUGUGAUCUCCUGGAUGUUAAUAAGCCCAGAGAUGGGGAUGGUAUUGUGUUGAACUUAUUGGGAAGUGAGAGAUGGCAACCUUUUGCUACUUGUAUGAUUAAGCUCAUCUGCAAAUGCCUAACUGAAGGGACACUCUAUGUGGAGGGUCUCAUCCAUACAUCAUUCACUAAGGCUGCUUGUUCUUUAAUUUGCUAUGGCAGUGCCGAUUUACAGAUGGCAUGUUUUGACUUUGCAUGUCUGGCCGGAUCAAUACUCAAUUUUAACAUCCUUCCUCACGUGGGCUUAAUACAGUCAAUCAUCCUCCUUUUACGAUCAGACGGUGAAGGAUUUCCUGCAUACAGAAAUGUGAUGUAUGAUUCCACCAUCGGCCGUUGCCUUAUGUCAGUAUAUUCCAGCUGCUCUGAUGCCGACGUCAAGCUAACUGCAGAAAGUUUAGCGUUGGUCUUCCCUCAAGCAAUGCGGAGAACAAAGAGUGAGGAACUUAAGGCUGCACUGUGCAGUGCAUAUGUGCGGAUUGUGAAAACGUGUCCUCCUUGCAUUUGGAGGCCGCGAUGCCUUGUAGAGUUACUUCAUCUUUCAGAGCCAUGCUUACAAUUGAUGGGCUGUUUUAAAGCAGUUAUUGCUGUUCUGGGACCUGAUCAUGUUGGAGGGAAGCCACCAAAUUGUCACAGCCAUAUAUCUGCAGGAAGCGAAAGACCUCCUCAGGAAUCUAAGGUGGGAGAGAAAAGGCAUAUAAAGGAUGAAAGUACCUCCAGAAGCAAGCGCCAGAAGGUUGGUGCAGAUUCUAAACAUUUCAGUGUGGAUACUCUCUCAGAGGUUAACCUUGUUCCAGUAGGUGCUGAUGAGACCGAGGGAAAAUAUGCUGAUAUUCUGCAUAGGAUGCUUAUUUCCAUUAUAGAAACUUUAAAGCCUCCACCUGUGCAAACUGACACUGUGGGGCCUGAAAUUGCAAUAAUGGCACUUACCAUUCUCAGCGAUGCAUUUUAUAUGUAUCCGUGGACUGGCAUCUCUCAUCGCUUGUUUCACCAUAUGUAUACGUGGCUUCCUUGGAUAGCCGAGCUGGCUGACAAAGGCAUUCCAAUCACCUUUGAUGUUUCCACCUACUUGGAAGGAAUUCACAAUCUGUUGCUCAUGCCUGAGAAUUAUGAGUUUAUAAACAAAGGCGAUGCCUUGGAAGCUAUAAAAGUUGUGCUGAAGCUCCCUUGGACGCAUUUUCUGCUGUUUAAGAAGCCUAAUUCUUUGUUGAAGUCAAAAUGUAUAUCUGUGCGGAUAUCGACAAAGCUAGGUUCAGUUUUAAGUAAUGAGGCUGGUUUUGAUCUCUUUGAUAUGGCUCUUUUUGAUGAUUCUGAGCAAGUAAGAGCUGAAGCUGUCGUAUCCAUGCCACUAAUUGUUCUCUUCUCUGGGCUUGGUGCUCUACCACAUAUCUUUGGAAAGAUGGAGUGCUUGUUGACCGAGGAGCAUGUAACGGUUAAGAAGGCCCUUCCACAUUCUCUUGGUUUCUUGUCAUGCCUUCAUGGAUCCAGUCCUAUUGGUUCAGAUAAAAGGGUCUGCCACUUGUUCCAAAGUGAAAAUAUGAAGAGAGAUGAGACUCUAAACUAUCUAGUUCAAGGCUUCCGCUGUUCAAAGUGUAACAAAACUACCAAAAUCGAAGAUGAGGAACAUUCCAGAAUCAUACGACCUCCUGAAGUGGGGUGCAUGCAAAUGGAUCGUCAUUGUGAUUACAUUCACCUUCAAUCCCUGUAUUUUAAACUUCUCUAUGACGAGUCUUCUGAAGAUAUUCAACUAGCCUGUGUGGAAGUAAUUCAAAGAAUUCUUGGGCACACAGCUUCAGAUGUUCUGGUCAGAACAAGAUCCGAAUGGAGGAGAUGCUUUCAGUAUCUGUUACUUAAUGGAAAUAUGGACAUUAGGGAAGCAUUCUGUGCUCAGGUCGGUAUUUUUGUGCAAGAACCUAUAUUAAGCUGUUUGUUCCUUGGCGAAGAUGCUUCACAGAAAAGUUGUGAAAGGAAUUUCUAUGAAAUUAUUGAGCAUGCUCUGGCAGCAGCUAAAGAACUUCUUGUCAUCCAGACUCUUCUGGAAUCCACUGCUGAAGUUCUGGUAUCUGUUAAUAUUAACUGUGAGCUUUUCUUGUUGUCUCUUUUCCUGCUUGGCCGGAUCAAUACUCAAUUUUAACAUCCUUCCUCACGCUGCACUGUGCAGUGCAUAUGUGCGAUAAACCAAUCUUGCUACAUGCAUGUGAAAGGAGGAUUUGCAAUACUACUCUCAAGAGCUGCUAACAUCCAGAAUGAGCUAUUUGAUUAUCUGUCUGUUAGGCUAAUUAGGCGUCCCCAUGUAGUAAUAGAAUUUGCAGAGGCUGUUUUGGGAGUUGAGACUGAAGAACUUGCUAGGAAAAUGGUUCCUAUUAUCCUUCCUAAGCUUUUGGUAUCUUGGCAGGACAAUGAUCAAACAUUUGAUAUCUUGAACAAGCUGUCCCAGUUAUUAGACACUGAUGUGGUACCUCUAAUAGUUAAUUGGCUACCUAGAGUGCUUGCUUUUGCUCUCAAUCAAAAAGAACAGAACGGUUUGCUCUCUGUUUUGCAACUGUAUCACUCGCAGAUUGGAUCGGACAACCAAGAGAUCUUUGCAGCUGCAUUACCUGCUCUUUUGGAUGAGCUUGUAUGCUUUGUGGAAAUCGCUGAUAUACCAGAGACUGAUAGAAGGUUAGAGAGACUUCCAGAGGCAAUAAAGAAAAUUUCAAAAAUUUUAACAAAUGCAGAAGAUCUUCCUGGAUUUUUGCAGAAUCAUUUUGUUGGACUCCUUAACAGUAUUGAUAGAAAGAUGCUUCAUGCAGAGGAUGUUUUGCUUCAGAAAGAAGCUUUGAAGCGCAUCAAGUUACUCAUUGAGAUGAUGGGCCAUUAUCUGAGCACAUAUGUGCCAAAACUUAUGGUUCUUCUCAUGCAUGCUAUAGAUAAAGAGGCACUUCAAAGCGAGGGUCUCUCGGUCUUGCACUUUUUCACACAGAAGUUAGCGGCUGUGUCACCAUCCAGCGCAAAACAUGUCAUUUCUCAAGUUUUUGCGGCCCUCAUACCCUUUCUGGAGAGAGAGAAGGAUGGUCCAUCGAUUCAUUUUGAUAAAGUGGUGAAAAUUCUUGAAGAACUUGUACUGAAGAACAGGGAAACCCUGAAGCAGCAUAUAUGUGAAUUUCCCCUCUUACCAAGCAUACCUGCUUUAGCAGAAGUGAACAAUGCUAUUCAAGAGGCCCGUGGGUCAAUGACGUUGAAGGAUCAGUUGAGAGAUAUUGUAACAGGCCUGAAACAUGAAAACUUGAAUGUCAGGUAUAUGGUGGCAUGUGAGGUAAGCAAAUUGCUGUAUCAUAGAAAAGAAGAUGUUGCUGCUCUGAUCACUGGUGAACUAAUCUCAGACAUGGAAAUCCUGAGUUCUCUGAUCACAUCUUUACUACAAGGAUGUGCAGAAGAAUCGCGAACUUCAGUUGGUCAGAGGUUGAAGUUGGCCUGUGCUGAUUGUCUAGGAGCACUUGGUGCUGUUGACCCUGCCAAAGUGAGAGGUACUUUGUGCCAUCGAUUUAAAAUCCAAUGCUCAGAUGAUGAUCUUAUUUUCGAGCUAAUACACAAACACUUGGCAAGGGCUUUCAGAGCUGCACCAGAUACCAUCAUUCAAGACUCAGCUGCACUUGCUAUACAGGAAUUACUAAAGAUUGCCGGUUGUGAGCCAUCGUUAGCCUUGAAUGUUGGUCUCUCUAUAUCAAAUGAACCUUUGCAUCCAAAUGCAUUGGGUGCUAAAAGCUCAGGAAAUAGCUGUGAGCUCAACAAAAGGGGACAGAAAUUAUGGGAUCGAUUUUCAAAUUAUGUAAAGGAAAUAAUAGCCCCGUGUUUGACGUCAAGGUUUCAGCUUCCAAAUGUGUCUGACCCUGGGUCGGCUGGACCAAUUUAUCGACCUUCUAUGUCAUUCAGAAGGUGGCUAUUCUACUGGAUAAAGAAAUUGACAGUGCAUGCAACGGGAUCCCGUGCAAAUAUAUUUGCUGCUUGUCGAGGUAUAGUGCGCCACGAUAUGCAGACAGCUACUUAUCUUCUACCAUAUUUAGUACUUGAUGUUGUUUGUCAUGGGACUGAGGAAGCACGUCACAGCAUUUCAGAAGAGAUCCUUUCUGUUCUUGAUGCAGCAGCUAUGGAAUACAGUGAGGCAGGUUCAAACACUGUUGGUGUUGGGCAGAGUGAAGUUUGUGUUCAGGCUGUCUUCACACUUCUUGAUAAUCUUGGCCAAUGGGUUGAUGAUGUGAAGCAGGAUGUAGCACUAUCACUGUCUAUGCAAUCAUCAACCUCUAGGCAAGUAACUUCCAAAUCAAAGGACCGGGCUUCAACUUCAACCAUGGAACAAGAUCAAUCGCUUGUACAAUGCAAAUAUGUUUCGGAGCUUUUGCUUGCAAUUCCCAAGGUUAUCCUUGCUAGAGCAUCCUUCAGGUGUCAAGCUUAUGCCAGGUCUUUGAUGUAUUUCGAAUCCCAUGUACGUGGAAGAUCAGGCUCCUUAAAUCCUGCCGCUGAGAGGACGGGCAACUUUGAAGACGCAGAUGUUUCAUAUCUGAUGGAAAUAUACAGCUACCUUGAUGAGCCCGAUGGUUUAUCAGGCUUUGCAAGUUUAAGCAAAUCGUUAAGUUUGCAAGAUCAGUUACUGAUAAAUAGGAAGUCUGGAAACUGGGCAGAAGUUUUCACCGCAUGUGAACAAGCACUUCAAAUGGAACCAACAUCAGUUCAAAGACAUUCAGAUGUUCUCAACUGCUUGCUUAACAUGUGUCACCAUCAAGCAAUGGUAACUCAUGUGGACGGUUUAAUUUCCAGAAUACCGGAGUACAAGAAAACCUGGUGCACACAAGGUGUACAGGCUGCAUGGAGAUUGGGCAAGUGGGACUUGAUGGAUGAGUAUCUUCGUGGAGCUGAUGAAGAAGGUUUGCUGUACAGUAGCUCGGACAGUAAUGCCUCUUUCGAGAGAGAUGUUGCAAAGAUUCUCCAAGCAAUGAUGAAGAAGGAUCAGUACUUAGUAGCUGAGAGAAUUGCACUUUCCAAACAAGCUCUGAUUGCUCCACUAGCUGCUGCAGGCAUGGAUUCAUAUACACGGGCUUAUCCUUUUGUUGUCAAACUUCACUUGCUAAGGGAGCUAGAGGACUUCCAAGUUAUUCUUAAUGGGGAAUCUUUCUUGGAAAAAUCAUUUAGUGCAAGUAAUUCAGUGUUUUCAAAAGUAGUCAAUAAUUGGGAGAACCGGCUCAGAUUUACUCAAUCAUCACUCUGGGCAAGGGAACCUCUCUUAGCUUUCCGAAGACUUGUCUUUGGUGCCAGUAGUCUUGGAGCCCAAGUUGGUAACUGCUGGCUUCAGUAUGCAAAGCUCUGUCGUUUGGCUGGACACUAUGAGACAGCAAACAGGGCAAUCUUGGAAGCACAUGCUUCAGGGGCACCUAAUGUUCACAUGGAAAAGGCGAAACUUCUUUGGAGUACUAGGCGUUCAGAUAGUGCCAUUAUAGAGCUGCAACAGUCUCUCCGGAAUAUGCCUGAAGAAGUUGUUGGCUCGGCUGUAAUUUCUUCAAUUAAUAGCUUAUCAAUGGUUCCACCAAUUCCAGAGCAAGUGGUUCGUAACACACAAUCUUUGAAUGAAAAUAGAAAUGUUGCAAAGACUCUUCUUUUGUAUUCCAAAUGGAUUCACUACAGCGGGCAGAAACAAAAAGAAGAUGUUAUAAGUCUUUAUUCCCGGGUGAGGGAAUUGCAGCCCAAGUGGGAAAAGGGAUACUUCCAUAUGGCAAAGUAUUGCGAUGAAGUGCUUGUGGAUGCUAGAAAGCGUCAAGAAGAGAGCUUUGUAAGCAGCAGAAAAAGUUCUGCUUCUUCAAACUUGAACAAUGAAAAAGCAUGGUGGUUUUACCUACCUGAUGUACUGUUAUUCUAUGCCAAGGGACUUCACAGAGGUCACAAGAAUCUCUUUCAAGCACUUCCGAGGUUGCUAACCCUAUGGUUUGAAUUUGGUAGUAUCUACCAUACUAGCAGUUCUGCAGCCAAUAAGGAACUGAAAAGUAUUCAUGGGAAGGUUAUGAGUAUAAUUAGAGGCUGCUUGAAAGAUUUACCAACUUAUCAAUGGCUAACCGUACUGCCUCAGUUGGUUUCCAGAAUCUGUCACCAGAACGAUGAAACAGUACGACUGGUCAAACAUAUCAUCACUUCUGUUCUACGUCAAUAUCCACAGCAAGGGCUCUGGAUUAUGGCAGCGGUUUCAAAAUCUACUGUUCCUGCUAGGAGGGAAGCAGCUGCAGAAAUCAUACAAGCUGCACGAAAAGGUUUCAACCAAGGAGAUGGAGGCCACAGUUUGUUCCUUCAGUUUGCUAGUUUGACUGAUCAUUUGAUAAAGCUGUGCUUCCAUGGGGGACAACCAAGAUCCAAGACUAUCAAUAUAUCAACCGAAUUUAGUGCUCUGAAAAGAAUGAUGCCUUUGGAUGUGAUCAUGCCAAUCCAACAAUCUCUUACCAUUAGUCUGCCAGCAUUCGAUAUGAACAACAAUGAAUCACUCUCUGCCAGUGUCUUUUCAGGGUCAGAUCUGCCAACUAUUUCUGGAAUAGCUGAUGAGGCAGAGAUACUCUCGUCACUUCAGAAACCCAAGAAGGUUGUUCUGCUGGGAAAUGAUGGUCUUGAGUAUCCAUUCCUGUGCAAGCCCAAGGACGAUCUCAGGAAAGAUGCCCGCAUGAUGGAGUUUACUGCGAUGAUAAACCGGUUACUAUGCAAAUAUCUUGAAAGCAGGAGAAGAAAGCUUUAUAUCCGCACCUUUGCAGUGAUUCCUUUAACUGAGGACUGUGGUAUGGUGGAGUGGGUCCCACAUACUCGUGGACUACGUCAUAUCCUACAAGACAUAUACAUAUCUUGUGGGAAGUUUGACCGACAGAAAACAAACCCUCAAAUUAAAAGGAUUUACGAUCAGUGUGUGGGCAAAAUGCCAGAGGAUGAAAUGCUGAAGACCAAGAUCCUCCCAAUGUUCCCUCCAGUUUUCCAUAAAUGGUUCUUGGCCACAUUUUCUGAACCAGCAGCAUGGUUUAGGGCACGCGUAGCUUAUGCUCACACCACUGCAGUUUGGUCCAUGGUUGGACACAUUGUUGGUCUUGGCGACCGUCAUGGAGAAAAUAUUCUCUUUGAUUCUACCUCAGGCGAUUGUGUUCAUGUUGACUUCAGUUGCUUAUUUGACAAAGGCUUACAACUGGAGAAACCUGAGUUGGUGCCUUUCAGACUGACCCAGAACAUGAUUGAUGGCUUGGGUAUCACCGGGUAUGAGGGCAUCUUCAUGAGAGUCUGCGAAAUCACCCUCACUGUAUUGAGAACACACAGGGAGACUUUGAUGAGCGUCCUGGAAACCUUCAUUCAUGAUCCUCUCGUGGAGUGGACAAAAUCACACAAGUCAAGUGGGGUAGAAGUUCAGAAUCCACAUGCUCAGCGGGCCAUAAGCAACAUUGAAGCCCGACUGCGGGGUGUGGUUGUUGGUGUUGCAGCAGCACCUUCUUUGCCACUAGCUGUAGAAGGCCAGGCUCGUCGUUUGAUUGCUGAGGCUGUCUCACUCAAGAAUCUUGGGAAGAUGUACAUCUGGUGGAUGCCAUGGUUCUGAACCAUAUGAUGCUUUUUUUUGAGUAAUCUCAAUCUUGCUCAGGAACUGCAAACUAUACUGCAUAUUUUUUUGUUGAUCUACUCUAAUAGUUUGUUGUCCAAGAAGCCAGAAUACAUCUUUCCUUCCCAGAGUUUGGAGAGUUUGAAAGCCGUGUUUAUGCUCCAGAACUCGGAGGAAACGUCAUCGCCAUCUGAAUGCAGCAUAUGCUAAACUCGUAUAAAGUAACUGGAUGGAGUGCACUGCUGAAGCCCCUCCCGAGUAAGUUCCAUAAUGAGUGUGAUCCCAACAUCGUGAAAUGCGG